UUUUGAUGAUGAUGAUGAAGUUGAGACGUCACUGUGUUUUCAGUGUAACUAAAAUAAUAUUUCCUCUCUCUAAUCCCUCCGGCUUCUCUUCUUCAAAUCGUUUCAUCUUCUCCUUCCUUUUUCAACGGAAAGUUGCAUCAUUUAUCUUCUGUUUCUCAUGAUAUAAUCCCAUCGCUUUCUCUCCCCAGCUCGAUCGGAUACUCAUGGCUUCCUCUUAUUCUCUAUCUUCGUUGAUAUUUCUACUCUUGUUUGUUGUUUUUCCGGCAUGUUGUACGUCGAGGAGAGUUCAUGAGCACCGGAAAGCGCAGACGGGAUUCCACGUCACGCUCAAACAUGUUGAUUCCGGCAAAAAUCUUACCAAGUUUGAACGUAUCCAGCGGGGAGUCAAGCGCGGGCAACACAGGCUGCAGAGGCUUAGUGCACUGGCCUCACCGGAUAAUUCCCAGGUGGAAGCCCCAGUGCAUCCGGGCACCGGCGAGUUUCUGAUGAACUUAGCUAUCGGGACUCCACCGGAGGCCUUCUCCGCCAUCAUCGACACCGGCAGCGAUCUAAUCUGGACCCAAUGUAAGCCGUGUACGCAGUGCUACGACCAGCCCACGCCAAUUUUCGACCCCACAAAAUCCUCCUCUUUCUCUAAGAACCCAUGCAAGAGCCAGCUGUGCGACGCGCUGCCCUCGUCGUCGUGCGGCUCUGAUGGGUGCGAGUAUUUCUAUCAGUACGGCGACUACUCCAUGACAGAAGGAAUCCUGGCGACCGAAACGUUCACGUUCGGAGAUUCCGACGACAAAAGGGUUUCGGUUCCAAAAAUCGGGUUUGGUUGCGGAAACGACAACGAGGGAGACGGGUUCAACCAAGCCUCAGGCCUGGUCGGGCUCGGGCGAGGACCCUUGUCGCUGGUUUCCCAACUCAACGAACCAAAAUUCUCUUAUUGCUUGACAUCUAUUGAAAACUCCAAAACCAGCGCGCUUUUCUUGGGAUCUCUAGCAAGCCAGAAUAGCACCACCAAAGGCACCACCACCCCUUUGCUGAAAAACCCAUCUCAGCCGUCCUUUUAUUAUCUUUCUCUUGAAGGGAUCUCCGUCGGAGACACUCGCCUGCCGAUCGAGAAAUCCACCUUCGAGCUCGGAGACGACGGCAGUGGUGGCCUAAUCAUCGAUUCCGGGACGACCAUUUCUUACAUCGAUGGCAAUGCGUUUGCUAAGCUCAAAAAAGAAUUCAUUUCUCAAGUAAAACUUGAUGUCAACGACUCCGGUUCCUCCGGGCUUGAUCUCUGUUUCACCUUGCCGUCCGACAAAGCAGACGUGGAGAUUCCCAAGUUGGUUUUCCAUUUUAACGGCGCCGAUUUAGAUUUGCCGGGAGAAAAUUAUAUUGUGGCUGAUUCGAGCAGCGGAUUGCUUUGCUUGGCUAUGGGGAGCUCCGGGAACACGGGCAUGUCGAUCUUUGGUAAUGUGCAGCAGCAGAACUUUUUGGUUAUACAUGAUCUUGUGAAGGAGACUUUAUCAUUUGUGCCUACGCAAUGUGAUCGGUUUUCACUCACUUGAUGAUCGCCAUGUAUUUGUGCGUUAGUUUGAAUGUGUGCAAAUCUCAUCAUGAUUGUUAUAAUGUAUUUUCUUCUUACCCUGCUUUAAUAAAAGGGAAAAAUUACAUUUAGCGUUUAUCUUAUUUGGAUUUAGUUCUUCCGUUUUCAAUUUCAAGAAUAAAUCCUUUAGGUU